AUGAGACGAGGCAGGUACGUAGCUUGCAGCUUGGACGUAACAUUCUUCAAAUGCUCAGAGGUGAGACCAUCUCUGCCUUCCGAGGUUUCCCUUGAGAAAAAUUUUAAACAUGUCAGGACUUGUUGUGGCGACACAACCACAUUUGAAGGUUAUUUGGGUGAGUUUGGUAGCCUAUCCAGAAGAGCCUUGAGAUGUUUUUCGUUUAAAGCCCUGAUAGUUUUAUCAAAAAAAGGUGCCACUGAAUCAGUUAAAGCCAGAAGUUGCAUGGCUCUAGAUGUCAACCAUUUUUUUGACCGCGUGAUUGCCAAAAUUGUCAAAUUUUUUGAUUUUAUACAAAACCUGACCAAAUUUGGCCUUUGGUUGCUUUGGGACAUAGUCCAUCAAGCGGAGAUUAGCAGAUUUAUCUAUAAAGGUGUCCGCCAAAUCGACCCGCGAAACUCUGAAAAAGCAUUCACAGAGUUGUUUCCCAAUGAUUUUUUGCAUGAAAGAGAAGAAGGCUUUGUGAAUGAACCGGCACAUUCAGAACUCUUCACUUUACCUCCAUGUCUAAAUAAGGUGCCAUUGGGGCGCUAG